UCAUGAACAAAGAGGAGAGUGUGUCUGCUGUUAAUGACCCAGAUAAUGCCCAUGUCACCGAGCCUCCAUAUGCUAUGGCCCCUGGAAGCCAGAGGAAGCCUUUGGAAAGGACUACUUACCAGGCACAAGCAAAAACGCUCCAGUAUACAGGGAGUGGAAACUCACAGAACCCAUACUGUGUGGUCCAGCAUCCAGCAGGAAUGACAGGCUUGCAGGCCCAGCCCACUCAGCUACCAUACUCAGUGGGAACGGCUGAUGUGCAGUGCUCACCAGAAAUAACUACGGUCCCAGGACCAACACAGACAUCAAACCAUCCACAGUGGAACAUGUCCUCUAUGCCCUUUUCUGAAUUUCAUCCCAAGAAAUUCAUAAAUGAAGAAGUCAGAACAUUAGGGGGCAUCCAGAUCAUCAUUGGCCUAUUUCAUAUUGUGUCUGCAUUCAACCCUGAACUAUACAGGAGUGCUACUGUGCUGGGGUUAUCAGGGUACCUGGUCUGGGGAGGACUGUCUUUUAUCAUCUCUGGAUUCCUCUCAGUCUGGGCUGCAAAGGAUCCCAGCAGCUGCCUGGUGAGCACCAACAUCGGCAUGAAUGUCAUCAGUUCCAUCUUCUCCCUUUUGGGCAUCAUUAUUAUCAUUGUAGAUCUGUGUGUUUCCAACUCUGGUGUUAAUUCACUGACGGAUUGUCUGAAGGCAAUCUCUGGGGGCCUCCUCCCCUUUGCCCUCCUGGAAUUCAUCAUCACCUGUAUGAUCUCACAUUUUGGGUGCCAGGCUGCCUGCUGGCCCCAUUUUGAGAACAUGACCAUGGUCUCAACCAUGUUCAGUAGCAGCACAGUCAACACGUCCAAUGGACCUUUCAACAUGACCAAUGGACCUGUCAAUACGACUGAUAGACCUGUCUAUACGACGACCAAUGGACCUGUCUAUACGACUGGUAGUCCUGUCAACAUGACCAAUAGACCUGUCUAUAUGACCGGUGGACCUGUCUAUACGACCGAUGGACCUGCCCAUACGACCAAUGGACCUGUCAACAGCACCAGCCCAGACAGUGACACCAACAUCCCAGUCCCCAGUAAUGCUCCCCCUGGACACUCACAGAAAGAUAGAGAUGAUCUUGACCAGGAAUAG